CGCCAGAAAAUGGCACCGCUUGUGCUCUGUCCCAAAAUGACAGCAGUCACAGAACGCAAAAUCGUCGGCCAGUGGGUUUGUCGUUUCAAAGUUAGGGUUUUGAUUCUUGACCCCUUUGAACUUCGAAACAAGCUCUCUCUCUCUCUGUCUCUCUCUUAGCUCCACUGUUACUCUAUCUCCAUUCUCUGCGAAUCCAUGGAGUCCAACGGUGGAGAUGCGUCUCGGAUUCUUCGCGAAAUCGAAACUCUCAAGGCCACGAAGACUGAAAUAGAACAACGAAUCUCAGCUCUCGAAGCUCAGCUCCGAGAGACCAACCUUGAUGACAGAACCGGCACCGUUUUGAAUGGCUCUUGUCCUCCAAUCUCGACCGUACAUUCGGAUUUCGGUCACAGUCUGUCGCCCGAGAUGAUUUACCGAUACAGUCGCCACCUUUUGCUCCCUUCUUUCGGAGUCCAAGGGCAAUCGAAUCUCAUAAAGUCAUCGAUUUUAGUGGUUGGAGCUGGCGGAUUGGGUUCGCCUGCGCUUUUAUAUCUUGCGGCUUGUGGUGUUGGCCGCUUGGGUAUUGUCGAUCAUGAUGUGGUUGAGCUUAAUAAUAUGCACAGGCAGAUUAUUCAUAGAGAAGAAUAUAUUGGUCAGCCAAAAGUAAAAUCUGCUGCUGCUUCUUGUCUCUCGAUUAACUCCACUAUUAAUAUUGUGGAACAUAAAGAAGCUUUGCGUACAUCGAAUGCCUUAGACAUUUUGAGCCAAUAUGAUAUAAUAGUAGAUGCAACUGACAAUGCUCCUAGCCGUUACUUGAUCAGUGAUUGCUGUGUGGUGUUAGGAAAGCCCCUUGUAUCUGGUGCUGCACUGGGAAUGGAAGGACAGCUCACAGUGUACAAUUACAAUGGUGGGCCAUGCUACAGAUGCUUGUUUCCAACUCCGCCACCUACAACAGCAUGCCAGAGAUGUUCUGACAGCGGUGUCCUAGGAGUUGUUCCUGGUAUUAUUGGUUGUCUCCAAGCUCUGGAGGCUAUUAAGAUUGCUAGUGCAGUUGGUGAACCACUAACUGGGCGGAUGAUUCUAUUUGAUGCAUUGUCAGCGCGGAUUAGAAUUGUCAAGAUACGGGGAAGAUCAUUACAAUGCGAAGUCUGUGGUGAAAAUGCAACAUUCACUAGACAACAAUUUCAGGAGUUUGAUUAUGAGAAAUUCACUCAGUCUCCACUAUCUACGUUGCCCGUGACGUUAAAUCUGCUUCAGGCAGAUUCCAGAAUAAGCAGUAAGGAGUUCAAGGAGAAAAUUGCUAAGGGAGAAGCACAUGUAUUGAUUGAUGUCCGUCCACAGCACCACUUCAAGAUUGUUUCGCUUCCUGGGUCCUUAAACAUUCCACUACCUAGUUUGGAGGCCAGGUUGUCUGAAAUCUCUGCGACAUUGGAAGAUAAUGAAAAGGGAAAAUAUUCUGGUUCAGGUCCUCAAAUAUUUGUAGUAUGUAGAAGGGGUAAUGACUCUCAAAGGGCUGUUCAGUAUCUGCACAAAGUUGGUUUCACUUCAGCCAAGGAUAUCAUUGGGGGCCUAGAGGGCUGGGCCAGGGAUGUUGAUCCAGAUUUUCCUGCCUAUUAGCGGCAGAAGUAACCUAUCGUUGCGCUUCUUUACACUGUAUACUGCCUGGUGACAAUUAGUUAGAAUACCGUUUAUGAAUACAAAAGAAAUUCUCUAGGUUUUGUCUUUGCUUUAAUGCUCCUUAUUGUAAUGCUUAUAUUGGAGAGUAAAGUUCCAAGGAUUAUAACUAUAAUGCAAGUGAUUUUAUCUGAUGCAAAAA